AUGAGUUCAUCAGUUUCAAGUCGUUCAACGUUAUCUGGGAUCUCGGAUAAUUAUUCCAACGAAGUGGAUAAAACCGUGUAUAAAAAUAGGAGGAUGGAGCUUUCGGAAGGUGAAUGUCUGAAAUGCUCUGCUAUGAAACUUAACAUCAUUGUAGCUGAAAAAGCUCUGGCAUCAUUAAGUUUGCAGUUUAAAAAUGUUCAAAAAGAACUUGAGAAAACAGAGCAAGUGACGAGAAUAAAUGAAGAGCAGGCGAAAUAUAUCGAUGAAAGACGUUCUAUGUUUGAAAAACUGGAAGCUGAUCGUUCAGCUUUGUUCGUAGAAUAUGAAAAUCUGCAGAUCAACUACAGAAAUCUCAAGAAACAGUACGAUGAAGUAGUUGCUACUGCACAAAGAAAUCAGAAUUUGAUUGAAGAGGCAAAUAACUAUCGUGACACUUGUAAGACUGCUGUAGACAAUUUGGUGGCUGAGCAAAAAGCACGCCAAGAACUUCUAUCAAAAUAUUUAAAAAGCGUGGAUGCUGCCACGGCAUGUAUUUUAAAACUCAGUGACUCAUUGAAACAAGAGGAAAAAAAGUGUUUGCAGUUGCGGACAAUAAAUGAAAAGCUAGAACCUUUCAAGAGUAUCACUCCAGGAAUGCAACGUCUCCUUAUUGACUUCGCAGAAAUUAUUGAACGAAAUGGUUUAAUGACAAAGCCUUUACAAAAACGUUUUGCAAAAUACCGUAGUAAUUUGCAUGGAAAUACGCUGCUAAACAUGGAUAGAGUUAAAAAUAACAGUGAAUCGAGCUUAAAAACUGCUGAAGAUAGCAGCGAUGAUGAUGAACUAGCGAAGGAUCUUGAAGAUAUGUUAGCCGUUGAUAGUGUACCUUCUAUAAAAUCAGCAGGGAAGUUAGACUCAUCGAGCCGUAAAAUCGAAAGGGAUGAAAUAAGGGAAAGUAAAAAUAUUUCGGAUGUGGCAAAAAAAAUGAACAAGUCAAAGAUUCCUGAAACGUCUGAAAAUGUUUUAAGAAAAAAAUCAGAAGACCGGAAAACUCUUUUAUUGCCUACUUCUGCUAAAGAAUCAAAAACAUUAUUAUAUUUUGGAAAUACAAAAACGUUGCGUGGUGAACAAACUGAACCGAGUAAGAAACGAACAAAAAAAAAAUUACAAAACACUUCUGGAAAAGAGAAAGACAACGAUGUGAAGGGAUGUAAUAUUCCAUCCACAUCGUCUAUGGAUGCGAGGUUUCCAUUUUUUGAACGAGAUGAAAGUGGUGAAAAGGAGGUGGUUUGUAAGUGCGAGAAAAACCUUUCAACUUGGCUCAAUUUUAUUCAGUUAGACCCUCUUCUUCCUCAAGAGAUUAACCGACCAACAGCCAUGGAUAUUAAAUUAUCCGAAUCGAUAGAGCAACAGGACGAUUAUAUGGAUAGAUUAUUUGGUGGCCCAUUAUCACCAAGUACAUCAAGUAGACGGACAUCAUUGAGCUCAACAGGAAGUAUUGUGAUUCCGAAGAAACGGGCGAGAGCAGAUUCUGAAACGAGCUCUAUAAGUAGCAGUGAAUUCGGCGUAAUUACUGAUUCUUCACCGCUAGUUAUAGAAAGUCCUGUGAAAGAUUUAAAGCAAGUUAAUUGCGUACCCUUGUCAGAAUCAUUUACAAAUGCUGAUUCAGGACCUGUUACAAAGAGUUCUUCGGGAGAAACUAUCACUGUAAUCAUAGAUGAAGAUGAAAUCACUGAAAAAAUGGACGUGGAAGAUACUUGUACAUCUGUUAAUGUUUUAUUGCAAGAAGCAGAUGAGUCGUGUAUUCAGUCAUCAUCAGAAGGCCAAAUCAGCCUACUGGAUGUUACGUCCCCUCUUCAUCAUAAUAUUAAUCAGUCAAUUCAAAUUUCGGAAGUAGUAAAUCACAAUGAAGAACUAAGGUUAGGAUGCAAAGAGAGAGUAAAAGAGGUGCCAGAUUGCGCUGAUUCUAAACUUUCCUUGUCAGUAAAUUCACAGUCAAAAUGUAGUACAUCCAAUUCGUUGCGAGCUGCUGGCAAAAGUCUAGGAGCUAUGCAUAGUCUGAUUACGUAUCAAAAAAGUGAUAUAGUGAAGAUAUGUGAUGUUAGUUGUGAAGCGAAAAGCCCAAAUUCCAUUGUAUUGCCCUCGGAAAAUCUAGAGACAGUUUUGGAAGAAAAAUUAAGUGAAGGUGAUUCACAACUGGAGAAGCUUCCCCGACCACAAAAGAAACCAGUAAGCAGUUCAGGAGUGUUCAAUGAGAAAACAUCCGAGUUAGAAGGUUUUCAGGAAGGAGAUUCUGGGAACUGCACUGGAGAUUCAAUUCUGAAAAAGCGGUUGCAUUGUGAGAGUGAGAAGCGGCAUGUAAGAAUUAAAUCUUGUUCUUCAGAGGACAGUCUAGGGCUGGUGAUUGAUGGUGAAGUUUCUGAAUCUGUUAACGUUGAUAACGUUCCAAGUGAUUGCUGUCUGAAGAGAAAGCUGGUUGACAUUGAUGGGUCUACUGAUGUUCUGAAUAAUUGCUCAGCAGGGAUUGCUGAGGAGACGAACGAGAUUUUACAGAGCGAAUUUUCAUAUAACAAGGCAAGAGAAGACGAUAAUAAAAAGGCAUGUGAAGAUGAGCAUCUGAAUUUAUCAGGUUUUCAAAAGUCUGGUGAGAGGAGAAAAUCGAAUGAUAUCCUACUGAAGUCUAUGAAUUGUCUGGGGUAUGAAGUGGGAUCAGCUUUGCAGAUAAAGACUUUAAGUGAUGACAAGAAUGAACAGGAGUUAGUAACUGUGACGAAUAGACAGAAAGAUGAAAGAAACUCUGAAAGUGGAUCGAGAAAUGUAGUUGAUAGUGACAUUCCAUCAAGAGAUCUACAGAACAAUGGAACUGGUAUUUGUAGAGCGACUAAGCAAAUAAGUUUGAGGAGUAAUACGCGAAGGCAGAAACUUGAUAAUGCUACUAAGAAUAUGCAAGGAAUCAAAACUGUUGAAAAGCUGUCAAAACUCAGUGCAGUAGAAGUCUGCAAGGGAAAAAAAUCAACGGUGGGAGUUUAUUUAUCGUUAAAUGCAGUUAAAGUAGCAAUUAUUUAGAUUAAAUCCUUCAGCAAUAAUGUUAAUGGUAAUGGUCCUUCACAUGUUGAAGUAAUUAAUGAAGCCUCGACAUCUUCAGCUCAUGGUAAUGUUAUUUCAACUAUCAAAUUUAUUUUUUAA